CGUAUGCAAAAGAAAUGGAUGUCAGCCGCAUACGCGUUCUUCAAACCCGAUCCUUCGAUAGAGUACAUCAUGGGCCGACGUGUGCACAUCUUCCACUGCGCGAAUACAGCGUGCAAGCAGACGGUGAAGCGGUAUCUUGAUGGAAAGGAUGCGAGGUCAACUAGUAACAUGCGAAAGCAUGUGAAGCUCUGUUGGUCAGAGGAGGCGUUGAAGGCUGCGGAUGGUACAGGGUCGGCAUCGAAGGCGAAGGACUGCGUGGAGAAGUAUAGGCGGACACAGGACAUCAAGUUGUCCUUUGGGGUGUCGACAAAGAAGACCGUGACCUUCUCCACGCGUCAGCAUACACCUUCGCAGACGAGGGCAGAAAUCGUUCGGUGGGUUUCUGAGAGCAUGCAACCGUUCAAUAUCGUCAAGGAUCGCGGAUUCCAGUCUUUGAUGAAGACGGGCCGGCUGGAAUACAAAAUUCCCUCGCCGACAACCGUCGGGCGCGAUGUUCGCAAAGUCUUCUCACGAGUACGUGAACGUGUCGCGGACAUAUUGAAGGAGUAUGAUGGCGACCUCAACUUCGCGACAGACGCGUGGACUUCGCCGAAUCAAAAAGCGAUGGUUGCGUUCACGGUGCACUUCGAACACCAUGGUUCGCCGAUGUGUCUUGUUCUUGAUGUCGUCGAGGUC